CUUAAAGACCGAAGCUAGUCUCUGCGAGUGAGAACUUGACCGUCGCCGUCUUCCCUCUCACAACUUUCCGCCACACACCAGGAGACACAUGCGCCUUUUCUACCCGGGACAUUCCAGAGGAGCCCUUCCUCCGUUGGCAGGUUGACUUCCUCCCCCAGGGGUCUCGCCCUGCCUUGGAUGGCCGCCCUCCAAGUCCUCCCCCUGCCUCCAGUGACUUCGACCCCACAUCGGUCCCUUCCUCCCGAGAACCAUGGAGUCGGCUCCCUCUUCGGAGGCGGACCCUCCGACUGUGACCUCGGCGGCGCCGUCUCCGGACCCCGCUUCUUCCAGCGGCGCGGACCGUGACACCCCCGCCUCCUCCGCCGCCGCCCCCAAGAAAAGAACCUUUGCUUUCGUCGCCCAGCGUGUGAUCAUACAGGAGAGGCUUAGAAAAGCAGAAGAGGAAGAAGAUUCUGAGGAAGAAGAUGAAGAACCCGAGGAAGACUUAUCUAAGGAGCAGAUGGAGGAGAAGGCCAAAGCGGGUGAUGCCAGAGCUCAGACCAGACUGGGCCAGCACUACUUGAUUCUGGCUGAAGAGAAGGAGGCGGAGCUAAAUAACCGUCUGGCCGUCCACUGGCUGAUCAAAGCAGCGAGGCAGGGGAGAAAGGGCGCCGCCAGAGCCCUGCAGCGCUGUUGGGUCCGCAGAACAGGGAUCACCGCCGAGAACCAGGAAGAUGUCCGGACGCUGUCGGCGGAGAGCAAGUUCGAGAGGGCGGUGCGUAAAGCCGCCAUGAUGAUGUACUGGAAGCUGAAUCCGGAGAAGAAGACCAAAGUGGGCGUGGGCGAGAUGCUGGAGAACGUCAGACAGGUGCACCAGCUGCAGGAUCAGACCCAGGGCGAGACUCAGAGAGUCCUGCAGAACUUGGUCAGCGACGACACCGAUCAGUUGGUGGGCCUGGACGACUUUGUGGAGAUGACUAAAAAUUUGGCCCAAGGUAUCGCUCCUUCCUCUGCCGGAAAACGAAACCAAGGAACGGCACAGGCAGGAAGCCCUUCUCUUGAUCGUGACAGCGAGCCUGAGCUGCUCCCCUCAGGAGAGAAAAAGCCCCACAGAGGGUCUUGGGGUUUCGGCAGAGGGAGUAUGAUGCUGGACACCAAGCAGUCGACAGCCAUUCAAAAAGCGAUGGACAUGAAAUCACGUCUCAUGAUGCUGAACUACCCACUGGACAGCGUGGUGGAGGUCAAGGAGAACCUGGUGGACUGGGCGUCACGGGCUGGCGUCCAGUGGCUGAGCACUGUCAUCCCAACACAACAUGUCAACACGCUCAUCUUCUUCUUCAUCAUCAGCAACCUCACCAUUGACUUGUUCUCCUUCGUCAUCCCACUCCUGGUCUUCUAUCUCUCCUUCGUCUCCAUGAUUAUCUGCACUCUGCGGGUCGUUCAGAGUACCAAGACAUGGCAGAACUUUCGAGCCCUGACGUCUCUCCUGACCCGCUUUGAACCCGGCCUGGAUGUGGAGCAGGCGGAAACCGACUUUGGCUGGAACAACUUGGAGCCGUACCUAUACUUCAUCUUCUCCGUCUUCUUCAUCAUUUUCUCCUUCCCCGUCGCCGACAAGCGCUGGAUCCCCUGCUCGGAACUCUCCACGGUGGCCAUCUUCUUCACGGCGGUCAGCUACCAGAGCCUCAGCCCCAUGGCUACCACGUACGCACGCCGAGCAAUGGUCAUAGAGGUUGCAUCGUCGCUUUGUAGCCUGACACAGUUCCUGCCUCAGAACAUGACGAGGCUCAGCUUCCUGGGACGCACCUUUGCCACGCUGCCUCUCGGGGAGUCCGUAGUGCUCCAGCUCAGUAUUCCCUGCCUGCUGUAUGUUUGUCUUUUCUACCUGUUCUUCAGCAUGGCCAGGAAGCGUGGCUUCCGAGGGACGUACUGCAUCCUGGUGCCCUACUUGGUGUGCUUCAUGUGGUGUGAGUUCUCCGUGGUGCUUCUCCAAAAUUCCACCGCCGUCGGUAUAAUCCGCACCUGCGUCGCCUACUUCCUCUUCCUGUUUGCGCUGCCCGUCCUGGCGUUGGGCCUUGCCGUCAUGCUCCUCAUCCAGCUCUUCAAGUGGUUCCUAGAGCUGGAGCUCACCAAGAUGAUCGUCACCUUGGUCGUAUGCGCCAUCCCCGUCAUCCUGCGGCUGUGGACGCGUUUCAGCACGUCUAUUCUGGAUGUUUUCCGCUCGCUGACGCGCCGGGGCCCCGUCAAACUCAUCCUACUUUGCAUCUCCAUGGUGAUCCUCCUCUUCUCCAUCUACGUGUAUCACGCAGAAGGUCAGAAAGUCUACAACUCCACCCUGACUUGGAACCAGUACAGCCAAGCCUGUGGACCGCCCGCCUGGCAGUCCAAAGGUAUGGCCAAGACACAGAUCUUCUGUAGCCACCUGCAGGGCCACAGGGUCACCUGGACCGGACGUUUUAAGCAUGUCAGCGUUGCUGAGACGGAGAACGGGGCGCAGUCCGUCAUCAACAUGUUGCCGGUCUUUCUUGGGGACUGGCUGCGAUGUCUCUACGGUGAGACUUACCCUAUAUGCGAGCCGAAGAACGUGACGGUCGCGAACCUGACAGCUUCCGGCGCCACAGUCUCGCUGCCCGUGCUGCUACAGAUGCAAGAAGAGGAGGAGUUAUGUCAGAUCAAAGCCUUGGCCAAACACACCUGCCACGUCAAGCGCUUCGACAGCUACAGAUUCCAAGUCACCGUAGGGAUGACCAGGGAUGAAAGCGUUGAGGCGGACGACCCGGGCAGGGACAUCGUGCUCAUGGCCAGCAAUGAGUUCCGACAGGUUCUCUUCAACCUGGAACCCGGUAACAUGGUGGAGUUCUGUACCAAGCUGGAGGGCCGUUUAGGGGCGAGGGCCCCGGCCUUCGAGUUGAAGGCGGUCAACUGCCUGGACUGUGUUUCACCAAUGUUGACUGGGGGCAGGCAGGUGAAGAUCGAGAGAGACUGGAGACGUACCACCAUGCGAGCCCUGAAGUUUGCGUUUGACUUUUUUUUCUCUCCCUUCUUGUCCGCAAAGAUCACGGGCUGAGAACACACACCCGGCAGCUCAGACUGAGGCAGAACUUCUCUGUCGUUAAUUGAUGUUUACUUUUUUGAUUGUUGCUCUGCUUCAUGCAGGAGUUGACAGUUUGUUUACAUACGUCUUAAGUGGAGGACACCAGCUAUGGUGCCAUACUGCUGGACCGUGGUGGGCUCACAGGUCAACUGGAACCUAUGCCAGUGGACUUUGGGCCAGAGGUGGACAGUUCCCAUGCCAGUUACGUCAAAUCUGACAGAUACUGUACUAGUCACUGGAGUACAAAACAUAGCCUGCUUGGCAGCGUUGUGUCAUUAGAGUCAACAUUGAAACAAUUUCUUAAGUUCUUAGGCACCGAUGUCCUAAACAUUUCAGUACACACUACAAGGGGCACCGCAGUUUUUUCUCCAUGUCAAGAAUCUUAUUGAUUUCAGAGAACACUUUCCCCCAACUGGCUGAGGAACCUCCACUCAAAGGUCUAAUCCAUUGUUUUUAUUUUUUGGAAUUAUUGUUGACAUUCAUCAUUGUUCAUGUUUGGUAAGUCCAUAGUAGACUUUCAUGCGGUGUUUGUCGGCCACUCUACUGGAGAUGAAUGUUUUGAAGGAGCACUUUUAAUGCUUCGUACCUCGUCAUGUGUGGACAUAUUUUCAGUAUUAUUUAUAUAUCUUAUCUUAGCAUGUGAUUUUUCAGUUUUUUUUGCUGUGUGAUGCUAAUAAUUUCUGGUUACCUACCGUUUAAGUUAUUAAUGGUAUGCCUUAUGAAAACGACCAGUGCCUACUAUUUAUUAAUUGAAUGUAUGUCACAAAAAAGGUUGAAAUAUUUUGUCACCGUAGAGCAGUGGUCACCAACCUUUUCAAGCCCAAGGUCCGUGGUCUCAGCAACAAACCAAAGCAAGAUCCACCCCUCCUAUAUAUAUAUUACUUUUGUAUAUAUAAAUCAACACAAAAUCCGUACUUUGGAGCAAUGUUCACGGACUCUAGUCUUUGGCUGACUGGCUUCCCUGCGUCACAGUCAAGCGAUAAUGGUCAUGGACUCUGGUUAAAGGAAGAGUCGUUUGAUGUUGGAUGCUAGAAAAUGUCCGAUGUGUUGAAACAGUCAGCCCUAAUCCAUUGUUGCUGCUCGUCACGUCAAUGCACGUUUGCGAGACGAGCGGGUGUAGCGUGCGGCCGUGUUCGGGAGGUGUAGUAGAUGUGAGGCUGAAUAGUAUGAUAAUAAUCCUAAUAUUUUCACGAUGGACCGGUAGUGUCCCAAAGAUCGACAUGGUCGAUCCUGAUCGACGGAUUGGCGACCCCCGCGCUAGAGUUUAAUGGUUUACAUUAAGUACAUUUUAUUUAUGUAGCGGCUAUCACAGCAGAAGUUACUUUGGAGCAAUGUUCACGGACUCUAGUAUUUGGCUUGCUCGCUUCCCGGCGCUGCAGGCGAGCGAUGACGGUCGUGGACUCCUGGUUGAAGGAAGAGUCGUUUGAUGUUGGGUGCUAGAAAAGGGCCGAUGCGUUGAAACAGGCAGCCUUAAUGCAUUGCUGCAGCUCGUGACGUCAUGCGAUGCGUGUUUGCGAGACGAGCGGGUGUAGCGCGCGGUCGCGCUCGGGAGGCGUGGUGGAUAUGAGGCUGAAAAGUGAGAGGCGAGGUGUGUUCAGGGGUUAAAAUGCGGAUCUGUUUGCGGGUCUGGGGUGUCACUGAUGUCAUUUUUUUUCCCUAAUAUUUUUACGAUGGAUCUGUGCAGUGCCAAAGAUUGACUAGUCGAUCGCGAUCGACAGGUUGGCGACACCUGCUCUAGAGUUGAAUGGUUUACAUUAAGUCAAUUCUAUUUAUAUAGUGGCCAUCACAGCAGAAGUUUCUUAAGGCGCUUUACCUUCUCCUUAUAUAUUAAAUAGAACCAAGGACCCUACUGGGCGACGGAGGAAAGGAAACACUCCAUCUAGGGAAGAACCCUCAAACAGAACCCGGGCUGUCUGGAAUAAUGUCUUGGUUAAAGAAGAUCUUGAAACUUGUAUAAUAAGGGACAACGUCUUUGGGAGAAUACUAGAAUGAUGACACUGAUUCUUCAAUUUGAAGAGUAACCUUACCAACUAAAUUUUAGACAGUGGGUAAUUUCGUAUGAAUAAGUAAACAAUCCUAUUUAUGCAAUAGUACUAUUAUAUUUUCAAAGUCAUAUUUGGGGCUCAGCCAAUGUAUGCUUUACAAGAAGCACUGUGUUGCCACUAAGGUAUGGUAUGGUAUGGUAUGGUCUUUAUUGUCAUUGCACAGGUACAACGGAAUGUCAUUUUCACCACAAACCUGUUUAAGAUUAGACAAACAAUGUACAGGUAGACCGAACAGGAACGGUGAUGGGUCACCACUUACGGCAGCCUACGGUGCACACCUACCUCUGUGGUGAUUAGAACACUCACCUGCGGCCAGUCCCACUCAAGCGCCUUUAUUAGCCAGUCUCGCCGUCCAGUCGCUGCUAGAUACAACUGUUUUUGGCUAAUGUCACGCCUCCUGCCUCGAACACCACCACCGUGCCAAGACGGGACAGUACGUACUGUAUGUAAUGGUUUAGUUUACUAAAGUUACAUUAAAGUACAUUAUAUGUUUAAAGAAUAUAAGUAUGUGUAAUAGUAGAGAUAAUACUUUGUGUACAUCUCUCUGUCUGGUGUGCCAUGCCCGAUACGGGCCUCGAGGAACUACACGGCAUUUGAACUUUAACGGAGCACGCUGAGGUCUUUCCGUUGGUGGUACAUGGUUCUGGCUUCGGCGUUGUAUUCCAUUAGAAAUUGUAAUAUUGGUAUGGUAUGGUAGGGUAUGCUCUUUAUUGUCAUUACACAAGUACAACGAAAUGUUAUUUUCAGAUUAGACAAACAUUGAACAGGUAGACUGAACAGAAACGGUGAUGGGUCGCCACUUACGGCGCCCCGUAAAAGGUAGUUGCUGGGGGCGGAUGAGUAUAAAAAAGUCCGGGAAAAAAAACUCCAUAGCCGAUGAGCACAUACACAUGUUGACAUAGAAACCACAAGACUAGCAACAGGAGUGGAGGGGACAGGUAUCUGGCCCAAAGCUGCCAGCCACUAGGGCAGCUGCUCCGUUUGCUGUCAUACCAAGUGGGGUGAAGCGGUGGCAAUGGCGUGGAGUGGGGAUGGGGGUAUGUGUGCGACCGCCUUUGUCAAGAGCCUCUUCUGGCUUUCUUCCCGUUGAGGCAGAGAUCUAUAUUUUGGAGGAGCUCUCUCUCUCUUUCUGGACUCGUCAUUGGUAACUCUUUCGACCCAAGAGAUCCCGAACAUACACCUAUAGAACCACAUUUCUGUGGGUUACACCGUUUAGAGUCCAUGUUUCCGAGCCGUUAAGAAGUACUGGCCAGGCGAAGAUUUGAAGGAUGCAGGUCUUGAUAGGCAUCGAAAGCUCUGUCUCACAAAUGAUAGGCUUAAUUUCCUUGAAGACCUCCUCGGCUAAGCAGAUCCGUCUACGUAUCGAUGGUCAGAAGUCGACCAUGACAACAUUUAUGGAAACUCCGACGGGGACUUUGUCAAGUGGUCGCAAGAUUGACUCCCUGUACAAGUUGAACUAGUCUGGGAAUGCAAUACAUCCUUGACGAAGUCCUCGUUCGUCUUUGCCAAGAGCCUCCUCUGGCUUUUAGGACCUCGUCAUUGGUAACUCUUUCGACCCAAGAGAUCCCGAACAUACGCCUAUAGAACCACAUUUCUGCAGAUGUUUCUGCGGGUUACAGCUUUAAGAGUGUAUGUUUCUGAGCCGUAAAGAAGUACUGGCCAGGCGAAGGUUUGAAGGACGCGGGUCUUGAUAGGCAUUGAAAGCUGUGUGUCACAAAUGAUAGGCUUCAUUUCCUUGAAGACCUCCUCGGCGAAGCAGAUCCGUCUACGUAUCGAUCGUCAGAAGUAACUAGUUGAUAGUUGAAUGUGUUGACUUGUUCAACCGUGGUGUCUUCUAACUUCAGAGUGCAGGUUGAAGGUGUUCCAGAUUUCGAUAUGACCAAGCACUUUGUCUUCUUGCAGUGGAUACUGAGACCUUUUGAUUUUCCUUUGUUAGUUUGGUCCAGAAGUUGCUGGAGGCCUUCUUCGGUUGUUUCUAUGAGAACGGUGUCAUCUGCGUAUCUGAUAUUGUUGACCAUGACAACAUUUAUGGAGACUCCGACGGGGACUUUGUCAAGUGGUCGCAAGAUUGACUCCCUGUACAAGUUGAACUAGUCUGGGAAUGCAAUACAUCCUUGACGGAGUCCUCGUUCGCCUUUGCCAAGAGCCUCCUCUGGCUUUUAGGACCUCGUCAUUGGUAAGUCUUUUGACCCAAGAGAUCCCAAACAUACGCCUAUAGAACCACAUUUCUGCAGAUGUUUCUGCGGGUUACAGCUUUUAGAGUGCAUGUUUCUGAGCCGUAAAGAAGUACUGGCCAGGCGAAGGUUUGAAGGACGCGGGUCUUGAUAGGCAUUGAAAGCUGUGUGUCACAAAUGAUAGGCUUCAUUUCCUUGAAGACCUCCUCGGCUAAGCAAAUCCGUCUACGUAUCGAUCGUCAGAAGUAACUAGUUGAUAGUUGAAUGUGUUGACUUGUUCAACCGUGGUGUCUCCUAACUUCAGAGUGCAGGUCGAAGGUGUUCCAGAUUUCGAUAUGACCAAGCACUUCGUCUUCUUGCAGUUCAUACUGAGACUUUUUGAUUCGCCUUCGUUAGUUUGGUCCAGAAGUUGCUGGAGGUCUUUUUCGGUUGUUUCUAUGAGAACGGUGUCAUCUGCGUAUCUGAUAUUGUCGACCAUGACAACAUUUAUGGAGAAUCCGACGGGGACUUUGUUAAGUGGUCGCAAGAUUGACUCCCCGUACAAGUGGAACUAGUCUGGGGACGCAAUACAUCCUUGACGGACUCUUCGUUCGAUCUUGGUCUAGUUUGUUAGUCCGCAUGGAGGAUGCAUGUGUGAUAAUAGAAAUAACACAGUGAAACACAUUGUCCUUCUUGUCAGAUUGAAACAUUUUAUUAAUAUACAUUCCUUCAUUUUUUUGGUAGAUAUAGAUAUACACUCGAGUAGCAUUGUUUAGUGGCAACAUGCUGCUGCUACACUCGCAGAACGCAGACUCUCUCUUAGUUUCUACGUGGUGAUGUGAUGACAACUGAAGUCCUGAAACUUACAUAACCUUUUCCCCGGUUGUAAACAACUCACUCGGGGGGUUCUGUCAUAGCGGAUUUGACUUUGUCAAACCAAUUAGUCCAAGAUGUGCAUCCAAAAACCCGGGCAAAGGUAUGUGAAUGUUUGUGAAGGCUGAGGAAAGUGUAGCUCAACCCAUGACUUUCUUCAAUGUUUGCAUCAGAUGCCCAAAGUUGGGUCCGAACUUUGGCCUGUCGUGACUUUUCCUUUGGCCCGCCAAAGGGUGGCUUGCAGUUGUAACAUUUUCACACUGACCUCUUUCACAAUCAUUGGCUGCAUGUCUACAAGGCUACACUGUAAAAAAACAAAAGUCUGAUUUUAUUCUAAAAACCUGGCAGCUCAGUCGUCAGAAGCUUACCACAAAAUCAUCAGUGGUCGCAUUUUUACAUUUGCAGUGUUGCACGGUCAAAACGGGGGAACGUAGAUUUUACGGUUAAAAAAAAAAGUAGCAGCUCUGUCACCGGGAUUUAGGGUUAGAGAAAUUUGCGGUAAAAAUAACAGUGAUGCUUUUUUCAAAUGUAUGGUAAUGUACUGUAAAAUUCUAAAAGAAAAACUCAAAUGUUUCCAUAUAUAAGUUUGUUUUUCUUUUGUAAUUGAGUGGGUGCGGCUUAUAUCUGGAGGAAUGUUAGUUUUUCUUUUAUAAUUGAGUGGGUGCGGCUUAUAUAUGGAAGAAAAACAAUUUGUAGCUGAGUGGGUGCGGCUUAUAUCUGGAAAAAUGUUUGUUUUUCUUUUAAAAUUGAGUGGGUGCGGCUUAUAUCUGGAAGAAUGUUAGUUUUUCUUUUUUAAUUGAGUGGGUGCGGCUUAUAUGGGGAAAAAAGUAUUUUAUAAUUGAGUGGGUGCGGCUUAUAUCUGGAAAAAUGUUAGUUUUUCUUUCGUAAUUGAGUGGGUGCGGCUUGUAUAUGGAAAACACUGUUUUUGUAAUUGGGUGGGUGCGGCUUAUAUAUGGGAAAAAAUUAUAAUUGAGUGGGUGCGGCUUAUAUCUGGAAAAAUGUUUGUAUUUCUUUUAUAAUUGAGUGGGUGCGGCUUAUAUAUGGAAAAAAUGUUUUUGUGAUUGGGUGGGUGCGGCUUAUAUAUGGGGGGGAAUUAUAAUUGAGUGGGUGCAGCUUAUAUCUGGAAAAAUGUUUGUUUUUCUUUUAUAAUUGAGUGGGUGCGGCUUAUAUAUGGGGGAAAAAUUAUAGCUGGGUGGGUGCGGCUUAUAUCUGGAAAAAUGCUUGUUUUUCUUUUAAAAUUGAGUGGGUGCGGCUUAUAUCUGGAAGAAUGUUAGUUUUUCUUUUUUAAUUGAGUGGGUGCGGCUUAUAUGGGGGGGAAGUAUUUUAUAAUUGAGUGGGUGCGGCUUAUAUCUGGAAAAAAAUUAGUCUUUCUUUUAUAAUUGAGUGGGUGCGGCUUAUUUAUGGGAAAAAAUGUUUUUGUAAUUGGGUGGGUGCGGCUUAUAUGUGGAAAAAAUUAUAAUUGAGUGGGUGCGGCUUAUAUCUGGAAAAAUGUUUGUUUUUCUUUUAUAAUUGAGUGGGUGCGGCUUAUAUAUGGGAAAAAAUUUAUGGCUGCGUGGGUGCGGCUUAUAUCUGGAAAAAUGUUUGUUUUUCUUUUAAAAUUGAGUGGGUGCGGCUUAUAUCUGGAAGAAUGUUAGUUUUUCUUUUUUAAUUGAGUGGGUACGGCUUAUAUAUGGGGAAAAAAGUAUUUUAUAAUUGAGUGGGUGCGGCUUAUAUCUGGAAAAAUGUUAGUUUUUCUUUUAUAAUUGAGUGGGUGCGGGUUAUAUAUGGAAAAAAAAUAGUUUUUCUUUUAUAAUUGAGUGGCUGCGGCUUAUAUAUGGGAAAAAAUGAUUUUUAUAGCUGAGUGGGUGUGGCUUAUAUCUGGAAGAAUGUUAGUUUUUCUUUUUUAAUUGAGUGGGUGCGGCUUAUAUCUGGAAAAAUGUUAGUUUUUCUUUUAUAAUUGAGUGGGUGCGGCUUAUAUAUGGAAAAAAUAGUUUUUCUUUUAUAAUUGAG